CUUCCAAAAUGGCGACGUCUGUCAUACGGCCGAGAUAUGAUGACGCAGGAAUCAAUCGACGGUCGUUAGGAAAGCCACAGCUGCCAGUUGAACAGAGACGUGUAUGUCGUCAAAGUCCCAUGUGAAAGAUACUGGUCCUUAGAGUCAUGUCUCUGUCCAAGAUCCUAACGGAAGAUUUCUUAACGUGCAGCAUAUGCCUUGGAAAGUUCAAAGACCCCAAGGUCCUCGGCUGUACACAUACGUUUUGCCAGCAUUGCCUCCAAGACUAUUUGGACAGAAAUUUCCAAGGUCAGUCUGGCUUCCCUUGUCCUAUCUGUAGGCGUCAAUGUGACCUCCCUGGGGGCGGUGUAAAUGGUUUACAAACAAACCAUCUUCUGGUCAGCAUAUCACACACACUUGGUCAAGUAGAACAAGCCAAGGCUGCCAAGAAAUGCGCGAUAUGUUGUUUGAAAAAUGUCCUCAAUCCACCCACGGCAACAGAACGCUGUUUGGACUGCGAGGAAAGUAUGUGUGCAGAUUGUUCUUCAGACCAUGUCCUUCAUAAGUUCUGCCGUGACCACAAAUUGUUUCCUCUCGACCAAUUUGACAGCGACGAAUACGUGACAGAGCUGCGUGCCCGACAAAACACCCUUUGUGACCACAACAACAAGGACCCCGUAGAAAUCUUCUGUCCAGUGUGUAAAAAGUUUGUCUGCGUUGGUUGUAUGGUUUUAGAACACCAGGGUCACGAUUGCCUAAGAAUCAACAUUGCUGCUGACAAACACAAGGAGAAACUACAAUUCCACGUGAAGCCCAUCGAGAAGAAAAGUCUACUCUUCGAUCAGUUCAAAACCGCUGCUGAAGACCAGAAAGUGUCAGUAGAGGAGGGAAGAAAGAAGGCAAAGAGUCAAGUUAAAAAGCAGUUAGAGCUUGUUAUUAGGAUGGUCAGUCAACGCGCCGAUAACCUUCUGGAAGACAUAGACGCCAAGUCGAAUGCCAAAUUAGAUAUUUUAAAUGAUUUAAUUGCAACUGCAACCGCCAACCAAAACCGACUGGAUGACUUUGUAGACUUCUCGAGAAAGCUCAUAAACCAUGGGAACGAUAUGGAUGUCCUGCAAAUGGUCUCUGCCUGUGAGCAAAGCAGCGAGAGCAUUCAGACUAUCGACAUCCCGACCCUGCCUGCAGUCAUGACCCAGAUGCAGCUUCUCACCAACGACAUGGAGGAGUUUGUUACCAAUAUUAACAGUUGCCUAAGAGACGUGGUUCCCGCUGCCAGUGGAAGAUUGGUGACAUCAUUCAAAGUAGCAUUGACUACGUGUCCUGAGGAGAUGAUCAGUCAUGUGACCACUGAUACAAAUGGUGACAUCCUAAUUGGUAUUUGGUGUAAUGAGGACAAGGCACGGAAUAGAAUCCACAUCUACGAUAACACCUUUGUCCUACAGGGAACAAUUCCUAAUCCAAGAGCAACAGAAAAGGAUGUGUUUGGUGGGAUUGUCAUUGAUGAUGACGGUAACAUUGUCACUUAUUGUGGGGAGUCAAAUGAAAUCAUUGUCUUCACCAAGACAGGGGACCACGUCAGAACAUUCCACAGUGAGUUACCAGAAGCAGUAGCGAUCAACAGCAAGGGUCAUUAUGUUGUAGCCGGUCUUAAUACUCUGACUGUGCACCACAAAGAUGGCAAGGUCUUGCAGACAACACCAGACCCAGAGGGGGAAUGUUUGAAAUACAUCCACUGUGACGUGAAUGACGACGUGAUUAUCACAGGAGAUGAUGGCAUCCGUGUAUACAAUUCCAAUCUCCAGGUAAAUUACAGAUAUGGUACCCAGGGUGAUGGAGACGGACAGGUGAUCGAUCCGUGCGGAACGUGCUGCUUGGAUAACGGAGACAUAAUUCUAGCAGACCUCUGCAACAAUCGUCUACACCUGGUGUCACCGGAUGGGAAAUUCAAGCAGAUUCUUUUAAGAGAAGAAGAUGGAAUUUGCUCUCCCAAAGAUAUUGUAAUAAAUCGUCUUGGACAACUGGUAGUUGGGGUACAGAGAGGCGAGAUCAAAUUCUUCCAAUUAUGACUAAUUAUACCAAACUAACAAUGGGCACCUAGUACAUUUUUGUUAAUGCAAAAUAGUAAAUUAAUACUUACCUUUUAAUGUUAACAGGUGUGACAGAAAUUGUAGUCCUAGGAAAGGAAGUCUGCAUGGCGUCCCAUAUGAUCAGUACAGGGCCCCGUAUCUCGAAAGCUUCGCUAUGUUGCGCACGUGCGCAAGCAUCUCAAUUCCAUAACUCUCCCAUAC